AUGGCUGGGCGACAUAUUCAAGUGAUACCGUUGGGUAUCGCUCUGAUACUGUUAUGGAUCCUAUAUCGUACUGUGCUAUGGCUCAGGUUCCAUCGAAAGUACAAGUUUCCUAACCUCGUGCCCGGUGUACCUCUGUUUAGGAACAUGCUACAGAUCCCAACCGAUACAGCUGGGCGACGUCUGUACCUCCAUAAACUGGCCAGGAAAUAUGGCGAAAUGUUCACUCUCAAGGUAGGCUCCAAUUAUUGGAUAUUCAUGAACUCGCAGCGCAUCGCCAAUGAGCUUCUCGACAAGCGCGGGGCACGCUAUAUCUCGCGGCAGAAUCUGCCGAUGCCUGGAGACGUUGCCUCGGGUGGAAAACGCGUCGUAUUUAUGCCGUACGGCAACCUCUGGAAGUGGGAGCGCAAGCUCAUACACGAGAUCAUCGGCCCUGGAAACCGCAACGUCUUCGCUCCCCUCCAGGAUGUCGAGUCACGAACACUGCUGUACGACUACCUCACGGAGCCUGAUCUGUGGAACCAAGCAAAUGCUCGAUAUGCCAGCUCUCUCAUCAUGAGCAUGGUGUUUGGGCGAAGGACAAAGAUGGGAGACGCCAACGUUGACAGAAUCAUCGAGACCAACAACGAGAUCAUGAAGAUGUUUGAGCCUGGCUCCAGCUUGAUCGACUCAUUUCCUUUCUUGGCAUACAUUCCUCUCCCGAAAGCCAUUCAGCCAUGGAGAUGGUGGGGCGACAGCGUCUUUGAACAAUCUAAGAAGAACUUUUCUGAAGAAUUUGAGACUCUUAAUGCUCGAGAACAGCAAGGAAAGAACGUGACGUGCUUCGUCUCCGAGUUUAAAAGGCUUGGACGAGAUCAGGUGCUUGACCACGAGUCAACAGUUUUUCUCGCCGGAUCUCUCAUCGAGGCGGGAUCUGAUACCACUCGCGUGGCUUUGAACCAGCUUGUAGCUGGUGCAGCAUUGUUUCCAGACUUUGUACAGCGCGCACGUCAGGACUUGGACAAGGUUUGUGGUGCAGAUGCGCAGAGACUUCCGGUCGCGAGCGAUAUUGCAAGUUUGCCCUACAUCAAAGCUAUUGGCAAAGAAGUUCUUCGAUGGAACAUUUCGUUGCCAGAAAUUGCCCAUUCCUUGAUUGAGGAUGACUCCUUUGAAGGGUACAACAUUCCAGCGGGGACUAACGUGAUCUGGAACAGCUGGGGCGUUCACAUGGAUAACUCUGAGUACGAGAAUCCGGAGACCUUCUGGCCCGAGAGAUUUAUGAACGAGGACCUUGACAAGCCCAUCAAGGGACAUCUAGCAUUUGGAGCAGGCCGCCGAGUGUGCCCCGGAUGGGUCAUUGCUAGUAACAGUCUCCACCUGUUGAUCGCGCGCCUACUGUACUGCUUUGACUUCCAUGAAGUUCCAGGCCAUCCAAUUCCAGUUGGAAAGCCGUUCGAGAUCGGGAUAGAGAAGCCUUACGAGGUCAGGAUCAGCGUUAGAAGUCAAGCUCAUGCGACAUUGAUCAAGGCAGAAUGCGCAGAGGCAGCGAACUUUUGA